AUCUGCGAAUAAAUGAGCGCAUUUCGUGAUGCUGCCAAUAACCCGUGCUACAGUAGAUAAUUUCUGCAGAGCGUGCUUGCAAGAUUUAGGAAAAUUACAAAAUACAAGGGAACUUCGACAUGAUUUAAAAGAAGAUCCGCAACUCUUACGCAUUGUUGAAUUAAUGGCAGAUGGAUUACAGCCUAUGAGAACGGGAAUGCAGUUGGCAAUGCCAACUCGUUUGUGUCAUUCCUGUUACACAAAAGUUGGCAUGUUUCGAAAAUUUGCAGAGAUGUCCAUUUGUACGGGUGUCGCUCUUAAUGAAUUAACAGCUGAAAAGCUUGAGUUAACGGACGAUACUAAAAUUAAAAUGAUAUGUGCUACAUGCUUUAAAAUUAAAGCGGACCAUAAUGCUAAUUCAAUCGAAAACUCACCCAAGCUGCAGAACUUGAUGCGCCUUAUAUUUACAGGAACUGAUAAAAUGCAACCGAUUGAUACCAAGCCGGCUGGGAGCAUAUGUAAAUAUUGCUCCCAAAAAUGUAGAACAUUCCUGGAAUUUCAAAGGAUAUUACAAGAAAGCCAACAAUAUUUUGUAUCUACUAUAUUGUCAAGCACAGACGAAAUUCCCGAACUGGAUACCUCAAUUAAAACAGAAUAUCCUAAUAUUGGGGAUGAAAAUCGCAAGGAAAAAAAUGAAAUCAAAUUAACCAGCACAAAAGAACAGGAUCUUUCCCAGGAAAGUGAUUCUGAAAUGGAUAAUACAGUCGUAAGUCUUUCCAACGCAGAAAACAUUUGUCCGUAUUGUCAGCGGGAGUUCAAGAGGAAAACGCACUUGAAAGAUCAUAACCCUGCGCAUCCAUAUAAUGGGUCACACAAAAGAGCGGCCUUUUGUAUGCAAAAUUUGUGAAAAAUCAUUUCGGCAAAAAACAGAGCUGAACCUUCAUAUGAAUAACCAUUUGGCGAGCACUCAAUUUCGAUGUCCGAUCUGCUCGCAUGACAGAGCCAGUCAAGAGGAUCUAGAAGCACAUAUGGCUCGGCACAAUAACAGGGAGGGCUACCAAUGCAGCACAUGUGGACGAAAAUUUAAAAAGCUUUGCCAUCUGAAGGAGCAUGACGAUGCAGUUCAUCUGAAAUUGCGUCCCUUUGUAUGUACCCACAACAAUUGCGGAAAGGCAUUUGGAGCACGUAAAACACUUUACACACAUCUGCGAACGCAUACGGGCGAGCGUCCUUAUAGUUGCAAUAUUUGCUAUAAACCAUUUUCGAGUAAGGCGAAUCUUUCGCGACAUUCUCGCACCCACGAAGAGACGGUUGUCAAGGUAGAAGUUAUUGAGUAAGAUCGUUGGGACAACCUUCCACAAAAUGCAUUAUCUUAAAUGUCAAUCAAAAUAGCAGGUACCAAAUAUUUUCGUUUUCGGUUAUUUUUAAAUAUUGGUUACAAUAAAAAAAAUCAAAUUCAAAUAGCCCGCUGCCAUGAUAUGUAUUCAAAAAGUAUCGGUGACCUAUAUACUAUCGAUAGUUACUAACAUUAAUGUUAUCGAUAGCAUUUCACGACUGAACGAUUGCUUAAUCGCAAAAAAAGCGCGCAUUGCACAAGUGAAGCCGGAAUAGAUUUUAUAUAUUAUUCGCUAUAAAGUGUUUUAUGUGCUAAAUAACAAGGUUUAAUGGCACUUUGGGUAGACAAAUACCGGCCCCGUGAGUUAUCCAAGUUGGAUUACCACAAGGACCAAGCCGAAAACCUGCGCAAUCUCUGCAAGCAAAGUGAUUUUCCUCAUCUAAUGUUCUAUGGACCAUCUGGCGCGGGCAAGAAGACACGCAUAAUGUGCCUGCUGCGUGAGAUGUAUGGUGCCGGCGUGGAGAGGCUGCGCAACGAAACAAUGAGCUUCACAACGCCCUCAAAUCGUAAGAUCGAGGUGAUGACAGUUGGCAGCAAUUACCAUUUGGAGGUGAAUCCCUCGGACGCCGGCAUGUACGACCGGACUGUUGUUAUAGACCUGAUCAAGCAGGUGGCACAAACACACCAAAUCGACAUUAAUGGUCAACGGGAAUUCAAAGUUAUUGUAAUCUCUGAAGGAGAUGAACUAACCAAGGACGCUCAGCAUGCGCUGCGUCGCACCAUGGAAAAGUACGUAGCCACAUGCCGCAUAAUACUGUCGGUCAACUCCACAUCUCGCAUCAUACCGGCCAUCCGGUCGCGUUGCUUAGGCAUUCGCGUACCAGCACCCAGCGAAAACGAAAUGACAGCUGUGCUUCAAAGCACAUGUAAACGCGAAGGUCUGGCAUUGCCGCCGGAGCUAGCCAAGCGUGUGGUAGAGAAAUCUGAACGAAAUAUGCGAAGGGCAUUACUGAUGCUGGAGGCAUCCAAGGUCCAGCAGUAUCCGUUUACAGCGCAGCAGCAAAUCGCCGAGCUGGACUGGCAAGUGUAUCUGCGUGAGACUGCAACUCAAAUUGUGAGCGAACAAACACCCGCAAAACUGGAAAAGAUACGCGAUCGUUUGUACGAGUUACUUUCGCAGGGUGUGCCACCCAAUCUUAUCUUCCGUGGCCUCGUGGAGCAACUGGUCAACAAUUGUGAUAUGUCGAUUAAGGCAAAGACAUUGGAGUACGCCACACAAUACGAGCAUCGCAUGCAGAACGGUGCGAAACAUAUAUUCCAUUUGGAGGCUUUUGUGGCCCAAUUCAUGAACAUCUACAAAAAGUUUCUUGCCGAACUGGUAAUGACGGAUGAUUUCUAACAUUAUUAUAUUAUAC